AUGUCGACUGGGACAGAAAAGCGAGGUGCUUCUCGCGUACCAGAGCAGACAGGAGCUGCGGAACACCACGAGUCUGAGGCCCUGCCUAUCGAGCAGGAAGCAAUCCGGGAUGCUUACCGCGUCCAUCUCAGCUGGCGGUCAUGGCUCGUCGUAUUCAUCACCUGCUUCGCUAUCAUGGCCCAAGUCUAUGUCGUCGUCGCAGCCGGGUCCGUCGUCGCGUUCAUCAUCCGGGAUCUGGGUGACGCCUCAAUAGCUGGCUGGAUCAUACAGGGCCCUCUACUCAUGCAAAGCGUGCUUUCCCCCAUCGUGGGUCGCCUGUCGGAUGUCUUGGAUCGGAAGUAUCUCGCUACCAUCCCGCCUCUGAUAGCCUUCGCAGGUGCGGUCGUUUCUGCUACCGCAAACUCUAUGAGCAUGCUGAUCGGCGGCGGCAUCCUCAUCGGCACCACUUUGUCGACUAUUUCGAUCGUGCAGGCGAUCCCGUCUGAGAUCCUGCCCCUCAAGUUUCGGGCACUUGCCAAUGGCUUUGCUUUCAUCGGCGGCGGCGUUGGUGGUUUGAUUGGAUCUCUAGGAGCCGGAGCCGUGACCAACGUCAAUGUCGGAGGCUGGCGCUACAUCUUUUGGAUCCAAGCCGCCUUCCAUGGCAUCACGGCUGUUGGGCUCUUCUGUUUCUACUGGCCACCAAAGAACAUCGAGUACCCAAAGAUGUCACUGAAGGAGUACAUGUGGGCUUGCGAUCCCAUAGGCUCCCUCAUGUUCGUCAGCAGUGCCACGCUGAUGCUCCUUGGGCUCGACUGGGCUGGCGGAGCUUACGGGUGGUCGAGCCCCCAUGUUGCCGUACCGUUGAGCUUGGGGCUGGCGUUGCUGGUUGGCUUUGGGUUUUACGAGUGGAAGGGGAGGUCAGACGGCUUAGUUGCCCACGUCUUCUUCCGCAAGAACGCCAACUUUGUGUACUCCAUCUUUGCUUUCGCGGUCGAAGGAUGGAUCUUCUACAGUGCUGUCAACUCCGUCGUACCGCAGAUCGUGCUGCAGCUGGGGUUUGAGUCUGACGCAUGGCACAUCUCCGUUCGCCAGCUCAGCUACCAGCUUACCGUGCUGUUCGCGUCCAUCCCGAUCACCUGGUACGCGACUCGGUCCAAGGACUUGCAGUCGCCAUUGCUUGUCACAAUCACGAUAUUCCUCGUCGUAGCCAUCUGCUACGCAACGAUCAAGCCAACUUGGAACUCCGCUCAGAUCGCGCUCGGCGUGCUCGCAGGCAUCGGCCAGUCGGGUCCUCUGACAUUACUCGUAGCUUGCAUACAAUUCACCGCUCCCCACGCCUUUCUCUCGACUGCGACGGGACUAGCCUUUUCUGCACGCGCAGUCGGCGGCGCUUUCGGGUCGGCCGUAUUAAAUGCCAUCGUUAACGGUCGAUUGGGCAGUCAUUAUGCUUCGUCCGUCGGAGGAGCGGCUGUCGACGCGGGACUGCCGGAAGAGAGUGUGCCAUCCUUGCUGGAAGCAUUGGACGCCGGAAACCCCGGGUCAGGGGUGAAGGGUGCGAACGCAACCAUCUGGUCAGCGGCGAUUGAAGCCAGUAGGUGGGAGUACACGUACGCCUAUCGAUUGGCAUGGUCGAGCGUGAUCCCUUUCAUAGUGCUGGCCAUUAUCGCCGUGGCGCUCCUGAAAGGCGUGAAGGAUUUGAUGACGGAAAAUGUUGAGGCGACUGUUGAACACGUUAAGCAUGUUGAGGUCGAGCAGGAUUUCAACCUAUAG